ACAGUCGACACUCGGCAGCACGCCUGAUCGGUUAAUCUUACCAGUGUCCAUUUUUAGCUUCUUUUGGAAAUGUUUAUUGAAAAUUAACUUAAUUUAAACGUGUGUUUUAUAUUUCUGACUAAAAAUGGAGAAUAUAUCGGAAGCUUCUGUGAUUCAGUCUAAUAACCCGAGUCCGGUACUCGACAUCACAGAAGAUUCGGGCUUUUCCAGCAUUUCGGGAUCCAAUACAGAUUUCACAGAUGGUAAACUGGUCGAUUUAGUACCGAUCUCAGAAGAAGAUGAAAUUGCUCGUGCUCUUUUGGAAAAGGAAGCAAGGAAGUUAGAAAGGAAGCGAAAGCGAGAGGAAGAAGUAGCUUUAAAGCAGAUUGCUGAUCAAGAAUAUGAUCGUGAACUUCAAGAACAUCGCUACAAAAGUUUGAUGCAUCUUCUUGAUCAAAGCCAGUUUUAUUCCAAUUUCAUCAUGAAGAAGAUUGAUGAUACUGCAGAUCCAAAGUUGGAAGGCGCAAAAAAAAGUGGCAGGCCUAAAGCAAAUGGAAACUUGCUGGUUUCACAGCAAAAAUCUAAAAAGGGAGCUGCUAAAACCAAGAAAGAAGAUUUGCGAGAAUACGUUUCUGAUGAUUUGAAGAAAAAGCUGCAGAAAAAAGCAAACUUGAGCGAUGAAGAAAUCGAGGCAGCACUUAUAGAUAGUUCAGACGAUGAGAAUGUCCCGCCUGAGGAGGAAAAUCAACCAUUUGUGCAUCCAAAGUAUUUCCAUGGAAUUCUGCACGAGUACCAACAAGAAGGUCUCCAGUGGUUAAAAGUCCUUUAUGAAAAUGGCUUAAAUGGUAUUUUAGCCGACGAAAUGGGUCUGGGAAAAACGGUCCAAGUAAUCGCUUUAAUGAGCCAUCUCAUCGAGAAAAAUCAGGCUGGCCCUUUCCUCAUUAUAGCGCCCUUGUCCACAAUUCCGAAUUGGUUGCUGGAAUUCGAAAGAUUCGCUCCUGAUUUACCGGUAGUUUUGUUUCAUGGCACCGCCGACGACAGACGAGCCGUCUACAGGACUAUUAAACAUAAGACUACAGUUGGCAGUUGUAGAACGCAACCGAUUGUUCUCACCACUUAUGAAAUGCCCGUGAUGGAGAAGAAAUUUUUGCGCACUCAAAACUGGCGAUACAUCGUGAUAGACGAAGGGCACAGGAUUAAAAAUCAUCAGUGCCAGCUUGUUCAAGUACUAAAAUCCUGCAAGUCGAUGAAUCGUCUCCUUCUGACGGGAACUCCCCUUCAGAACAAUUUGCAAGAACUCUGGUCUCUCCUGAAUUUCCUCCUGCCGGAAAUCUUUAAUGACCUGGAAGUUUUUGAAUCCUGGUUUGAUGCGAAGGAGCUCCAGAACGAGGAAGGCACCAAGAAGUUCCUGAAGCAGGAGGAGGAGAAAAGAGUUUUGGCUUCCUUGCGGGAAAUACUGAAGCCUUUUAUGUUGAGAAGAGUCAAAGACGAUGUCAAUUUGCAGAUUCCAGCGAAGAAGGAAGUCAUUGUAUACGCCCCAAUCACCGAAUUACAACGCGAUCUGUACAAAGCUGUUUUAAAUCGAGAUAUUCAAGUGUUUACGAAGGUGGAAGAAUCGCUGAUAUUGGAAGAUGUGAACGGAUCGAGGCCGAAGAGAAGGUGCGUUCUGAACAAUUCGAGAGGCUUCAACGAUUCUGCAUGUGAUUUUCCACCUUCUUCUCCAUCCACCUCGUCUCCAUCUCCUCUGCGCGGCGAUGAGGAUUCCGAGGAUAAGGAUUGGAAAGUCAAUGCCACCUACGACAAUAAGAAUCUGAACAAGUGGAAAGAGUACACAACAAUUACUGAAAGUACUUGCGAAUAUUUGGUGCGAAUGAAAUUCGGAAACAAAUCAAUGCUUUACAAAAAAAUUGUCAGCCAUCCGUAUUUGGUCUACUGUCCCAUGGAUUAUUCAGGCUUACCAAAAAUAGACGAAGACUUAGUUAAAGCUUCUGGAAAGCUUCUCGUUCUUGACAAACUACUCGAAAAACUGAAAGCUAGUGGACACAAGGUUUUGCUCUUUUCGACGAUGACACAAAUUUUGGACAUGCUUGAAGAUUACUUAUCCUUGCGACCAGACCAUCUCUACCUUCGCCUAGAUGGGACUACUGACAUCGAGGAUAGGAAAGAAAGUAUCAGUCAGUUUAACAGUGAUCCCAACAUUUUCCUAUUUCUAAUUUCUACGAGAGCUGGAGGUAUCGGUCUCAAUUUAGCAUCCGCGGAUACUGUCAUCAUUUAUGACAGCGAUUGGAAUCCACAAGCCGAUAUCCAGGCAAUGGCUCGUUGUCAUAGAAUCGGCCAGACUAGACCAGUUGUAAUUUAUAGACUCUGCUCGAAGGGAACAUUCGACGAAAAAAUUAUUCAGCGAGCAGAGGCAAAACGUAAAUUAGAGAAAAUGGUCAUUUCGAAAGCCGAUUUCUCCUUUAACCUCAACAACAAAGAGACACUCAUAAAACUUCGUGAACUGUUAGAAUCGAAAGAAUGCGAAGUAGUCUCUCCUGAUAAAGAUGUUUUUAGCGAAGAGGAACUUGAUAAACUACUCGACAGAAGUGACCUGCAUCAAUAAUUGAAAACGGAAAAUCCUAAAGUCCAAAAAUUACUCUAGACUGAAUUAUUAAAUUUAAUAUUUAAAUUUACACAAGUUUCAAUGACGUUUUUUUUGUGACUUGCUUGUGUAUAGAUUU